GGGCACCCAAUAGUUGAUUGAGUGAGACCCAAUCCAUGUCAAACGAGAAUAUAGGCGUCUCUCAUUGGCCAGAAUCCAUCCUCUUCUCUCCCCUACCGACGCCCUCUGGCUCUGGGAGCGGGAAUAUUGGCAAAGAACUCCGAAAUCGGGUGCGUUCGUUCCACCGUUCUCGACUUUGAUCGAUAAUUUCACAAUAACACUGUAAAUUGCCGCUUCUCAAAUCCUCUUUGCUUACCAGCGGAAUGUCUCUUCUCGGUUCGAACUUCACAAGCGAGGUUGGGCUGCGGUUGCUGCUUUGUCCACUUGGUUCUAAUGUUGUUAUUCGAACAGCAUGCUGUUCUGUGGGGAUUGUCGUACCUGUAUACUCAACAUUUAGAGCUAUUGAGAGAAAAGAUCAAAAUGAGCAACAAAGAUGGCUUUUAUAUUGGGCAGCUUAUGGAUCUUUCAGCAUUGUGGAAGUGUUUGCGGACAAACUUCUUUCUUGGUUUCCAAUGUACUAUCACCUGAAGUUUGCAUUUCUUGUUUGGCUUCAACUUCCAUCUGUUGAUGGGGCGAGGCUAUUAUAUACAAGCUAUUUGCGUCCAUUCUUCUUGAGGCAUCAAGCUAGAAUUGACCAAGUCAUCGACUUGGCUUAUGGUGAAAUGACCAAACUAAUCAGUGCUCACCAAGCAGAGAUCCAGUUUGCUAGGACAUUUUUCAUGAAGAUUUUGGCAUCGGUGGACCAAAUGUUUAGGGGUGCUUCCAAACCAGUUCGACCACGAGGGCAAAGAGCAAUUGAAGGCCAGACCAGAACUGCUGCAGAUACCGAGUCGGACCGCGAGGAUUGAUGCUCUUAUUUCCUGUUUAACAUGCAUGGCUUGCAGAGUCAUCUCCUUUUAACCACUUAGUUACGGUAGUUCUCUUGUGCGUGUGAUUUUUUAUUUAUUUUUGGAUGUGUAGUUCUGUUUCUUUCUAGUAGAAUAGUAUUUUAGACUCUGAAAAGUUAGUUUGCUUCCAUUACCACAUUGCCCGGGUGGCCUGUGGUGUGGGCCUUAGAAUUGGCGCUGGAUGUUCUCUAGUUGAAGAACUGCGGCCAUCACUUGGGCUAAAGUUUAUUAGGCAAAGAUCGGAGUGCUCUCUCAACUUCAUGUAAAUCAUCUCUGACAUGUAUAGGCAUCAUUUUUAGUUCAUUAGUUCUCUCCUAAAUUAUUUGUUUUUCGAUCA